GAAGAUUCAUGUUCAAGAGGCGAGCGACAGAGGAAUUGUAAUAUUUCUCUGUAUAAAAAGUUAAAGAAAGAGCAAUGAAAGAGGACAAAGAAAACACGCGUCCCAAGGAAAAGAAAGUGGAGAUUAAAUGUGAGGAAAAUGAAAAACCAGAAAAGCCAAAUAAAGAGAAGAAGGAGGCUAUGACAAAGAUUGUGAUCCGACGUCUGCCUCCCAGUCUAACAAAGGAAGAGUUAGAGGAGCAACUGCAGCCUCUUCCAGAAGUGGAUUAUCUCGAGUUCUUUUCUAGUGACACAAGCCUCUACCCUCAUCUUUUUGCCAGAGCAUACAUAAAUUUCAAGAACCAAGAGGAUAUAGUUCUCUUCCGAGACCGAUUUGACGGCUAUGUCUUCAUUGAUAAUCGAGGGCAAGAGUACCCAGCCAUUGUUGAAUUUGCACCAUUUCAAAAGGUAGCCAAGAAGAGGAGCAAGAAAAAAGAUGCCAAAAGUGGUACAAUUGAAGAAGAUGCUGAUUUCAGGAAGUUUCUAGAAAUCUAUAAUGGGGAUGAAGAGAAGUUGACAUCCACUCCAGAGACAUUACUGGAGGAAAUUGAAGCCAAAACAAAAGAACUUGUCGCUAAGAAGACAACUCCCCUCUUGGACUUCCUUAAGAACAAACAGAGACUUAGGGAGGAGAAGAAGGAAGAGAGGAGACGGAGGGAGUUGGAGCGUAAACGCAUACGCGACGAAGAACGGCGUAAGUGGAGAGAGGAGGACAGGAGGAAGCGUAAGGAGGCUGAGAAACUCAAGAGAGGAGAGAAGAACGCUGACAAGGACAAGGAGCAGUCCAAAGAGGAGCUGCCCAAGAUCAAGCUUUUGAAGAAGCCUGACCGGGGGGAAGAGGGCGACGCUGAGAAACCGAAAGAAAAGCCGAGGAAGCUGGACAGAGAGAGAGCGAAAGAGGACAGAAGUGGUACGGGCGGGUCGGAUUUAAAGAAGCGUCAAAACGGGGAGCUCAGAGAGGAAAAAGGAAGAAAGCAAGAGGAGGACGGGCGCAGGGAGCACAGAGAUCGCGACGCCGACAGAGAGAGAGAACGGGACAGGGACAGGGAGAGAGAGCGGCGUCAGAAAGAGAGGGAACGCAUCAGGAAACAGGACGAGGAGCGCCGGAGGAGGAGGGAACGCCACGACGGGGAAAACGCCUACAAGAAGAGAGACGAGGACGGGAAGAGGGAAAAAGAGCGCGCUUGGGAGAAGAAAAAAGGCGAGAACGCGGCAGAGCUCUCUGCCCACGCUCACCCCGAGAAACUGUCGAAAGAGAGCAGAAAGGAGGAGAGUGCCAAAAGGGAACGCGUAAGAAAUAAGGAUCGGCCUGCCAUACAGUUGUACCAACCAGGUGCGAGAAACCGUAACCGAGGAGGAGGAGGAGGAGGAGCAGAUACCCAUGCUGCAGAGAAGAAGGCCGAAAAUGACAAGAAGCCUCUUGAAAAAGGGGAGGAAUGAUGACAGCAGUAUAAAUGCUUGUCGUGACGAACGAGAAGAGGAUAAGGGCUUUUUGUUUGUGUCAGGGCAAAUCGGCACUAGAAAAUUAUAGUGCUGUUCCAAACUCAUAGAGAGAUGGGGAACAAUAUCCUUGUUGCCUUACAGUGCCUGAUUAAGCCCCUCUAUAGUUUCUGUUAUGAGAAAGGCAAGGGGAAGGUUUUCACUCCCUUACUGGCAGGUAGAGAAUUGAGAAGUGGGGCAUAGCAAGGAGAAGCCAAAGCAAUUGGACCACAAGAUCUCAAAGUGACCUUAUUUUUAUUGGUACACAGCCAAACCUAUUAUACUAAACAGCUGUUUAGGGUUUCUGGUUCGUUCUAUAGAAUUUAGACGCCAUUCAUCAAUCAGACUUCAUUUUUUAGGAUCUGCUGCUUUCCCUGAAAACAUUAGCGAGAUAAACCAGUUUUUCUCAGUCUGGUUUAUUCUGUUUGGGUUUUUUUUUCUUAGUACAUAAAGCAUGGCGAUAGAAUGCUUAAGAAUGAUAUUAAGAAUCUCAAGGCUAUCUAAUAUAUUUUUUUUAAUUAUGUUAAUCUUUCCAACUGACUACUAAUGCUUCCACAGUUGCGGAGAAAUAGCCAUGCUGACUGAAACUGAACAUGCCUUUAUAAGUCAGUUUUAACUGAACUGACUGCUUUUGAUGCAAAUUAGGUUGGCGCAAACUAGUGAGUGGCCUUUCCUACCUUUGCAGUGAAAUAAUACAGUAUUCAUCCCCCAACAAACAAUACAGCACCGAAUCUAGCGGUAUCCAGUUUGGAAAUUUAUGCUGUUCUCUGCUUAUUCGUCUUGAAAUUCAUCUCCUUUACCGAUACACACUCUUAACAGCUGAAGUGUGCUUUAUAUUUUUUCUCUAAAAUGUCACGGA